AUGAGUUUCAAAAAAGACACCGGUAUCAUGGAGCUGGGGGAGUGCACCCGAAACCCGGGCUUUCAAGACGUGGAAGGCGACGGGUCAGCAGCGGACACCAUCAGCGCCGACCCCGGGGCGAAGCACCGUGAGUCUACUGAGGUGAAGCUGGAGUCGGACGCGGCCGAGGAGUACACGCAGCUCAAACCCUACGCCGGGAUGCCUAAAGAGGUGCUGCUGCUGUACUCCUCCCAGGCCCGGUACCGGGUGCCCCGUGAGAUCUUGUUCUGGCUGAUGGUGGCCUGCACACUGGCGCUGGUGGCUCUCACCAUCACGGUGAUCGCGUUGUCACCCCGCUGCCUGAGCUGGUGGCAGACCUCCCCGCUGUACCAGGUCUACCCCCGGUCCUUCAGAGACUCAAACGGAGAUGGGAUCGGAGACCUUAAAGGCAUUCAGGAGCAGCUGGAUCAUUUCCAAUACCUGAACAUCAAGUCAGUUUGGAUCAGUCCUUUCUACCGAUCCCCCAUGAAGGAUCUUGGCUAUGAUGUAGAAGAUUUCCGGGACAUUGACCCUGUUUUUGGAACCAUGCAGGACUUUGAUGAACUCCUUGCUGAAAUGCACAGAUUAGGUAUGAAGCUCAUCAUGGAUUUUAUCCCCAAUCACACCAGUGACAAACACCACUGGUUUAACCUGAGCCGCAUUAGAGAUCCACAGUAUGAGGAUUACUACAUCUGGACUGACUGUAAUUCAACUGCACCAAAGCCUAAUAACUGGGUGAGUGUGUUUGGGAACUCGUCAUGGACUUAUGAUGAAGUUAGAGGACAGUGCUACCUGCACCAGUUCCUCAAGGAGCAACCAGACCUGAACUUCAGAAACCCAAACGUCCGCAAAGAGAUUAUUGAUAUCAUUCGAUUCUGGCUGGGGAAGGGAGUGGAUGGUUUCCGAAUGGAUGCAGUGAAGCACCUCCUGGAGGCUGGACACUUGAGGGAUGAACCACAGGUGGACCCAAACAAACCGGCAGAGUCUGUAACUUCAGAGUGGGACCUCUACCAUGACUACACCACCACUCAGUUGGGCUUGCAUGACCUGCUGAGGGGCUGGAGGGCUGAGAUGGACAGCUAUAGCCGUGAGCCUGGCAGAUACAGGUUCAUGGUAACAGAGUCAUAUGAUUAUCAUGAAGUAGACAAGACAAUGAUGUACUACGGGACUCCACUGGUCAAAGAAAGUGACUUCCCCUUUAACUUCUACCUGCUGGAUCUGCCUCAGAACACCAGCGGCUUGUGGGUUCAAGAUCUGGUCCACCUCUGGAUGGGCAACAUGCCCACAGGACAAUGGCCCAACUGGGUGGUAGGGAACCAUGACAAGCCUCGGAUUGCCUCCAGUGCUGGUCAGACCUACAUUCGUGUCAUCAACAUGCUGCUGCUGACCCUUCCUGGUACGCCCACCACGUACUACGGCGAGGAACUUGGCAUGGAGAACAUCAAUGUUACAGAGAGUCAGAUUCAAGACCCUGCUGGCAAAUACAAUGCGAGUGCCAGUCGGGAUCCUCAGCGGUCUCCAAUGCAGUGGAGUGGUGACAUGAAUGCAGGUUUCAACAACAAAACCAACAUCACCUGGUUGCCUGUCCACCCUGACUACAGAAGCAUCAAUGUGGAGGCCCAGAAGAAAGAUGAAGGCUCCGUUUUGUCUCAGUACCGGUUUUUGAGCACCUUGCGUCAGUCAGAGCUCCCUCUUCACCGCGGAUGGUUCUGCUACGUCCACGCCGAUGCCAAUGUCUUCUCUUACCUCAGAGAACUGGAUGGGCUUGACCAAGCUUUCCUCAUGGUGCUUAACUUUGGCAAAGAAUCAGCCAUCACAGAUCUCUCCUCUGUUCGUGAGUUACCUGACAAGCUGAAGGUGCUGAUGAGCACAAACCGGGUCAACAAUGGCAAGGUGUUCCAAAAGUCUCGUAUCAUGACUGAAGCAGGAGAGGGUUUGGUGAUUCAGUAUUCCACCGACACUCGCUUUAAUCCGAACCACCCUGGACAGUGCUACGUCUCUGAAAAGGCCUGCUAUUUGAAUGUCAUGGACAUACUUUAUAAAUGUUAA